AUGAAAAAGUUUAAUAUAUUUUAUGCGGUUUUCGCAUUUCUCCUGGUUACAAGUGCAAUUUGUAAUGAAACGAAGGAAAAUUUGGUUGACGUUGAUGAUGAAAGUGAAAACAUGACAUUAUCAGAUGUAAAAAACAAUGAUUCUGAAAAGGAUAUCGAAAUGGAGUCUGUGGAGAUGACAACGACACUUAAUGAGUUAGAAAUAAAGAACAACAAAUCCGAAACAUUAGAAGUAGAAACAACGACACCAUUCGAAACUACAACUCAAGUGACCACAACUAUAAUGCCAAGUUUGAAGACGUUACAAUUUAAUCCGGAAGAUCUCAAUGUUACUAAAAGUUUGAUUAAGGAAAUAGCGUAA